AAUCAGUCACGAGGCUUCUGAUGUCAUCAUUUUCAUCACCCUUCAAUGAAGCAGGCCUUGAUGCAUGCUUUGUGGAAACUCCUCCCCCACUACUCAAACAUCACAUCACUACUUUACAUUGAUCAGGUUGUGGAUUGUGGCCUGGGGAAUUGCUGUGCUUAGUUGCUGGAUAUUGGCAGGAACUGGAACACACUUCUGUAUACAUCUAUCCAUAGCAUUCCAAACAUGCUCGAUGAUGGGCGACAUGUCAAGUGAGUGUGCCGUCCAUGCAAGAACUGGGAUGUUUUCAGCUUCAAAGAACUGAAUACUGAGUCUUGCACUACGGGGCCACACAUUAUCAUGCUGCAACAUGAGCUGAUGUUCUUGGAUGUAUGGCCUCAGGAUCUCGUCACGGCAUCUCUGUGUAUUCAAAAUGCCAUAUAUAAAUGCAUCUAUGUUCUUCAACCAUAACAUACUCCUGCCCAUACAAUAACCUUACUACCACCAUGGGCCACUUGAUCCACGUCAUAGACAUUGGAAAACCGCUCCAGGACUUAGCUGUGAAGAGAACACCUCUUCAGACGCUUUCAAAUCUGAGCAUUUGCCCACAAAAGUGGCAAAGAUCAGUGGCCAAUGAGCUUCCCUGAGACGGUUUCUGACAAUUUUUGUGAAAAUUCUUUGGUUAUCCAAACCGAUUGUCUCAGCAGCUGUUCAAGUAGCUGGUUUCAGACAAUCUUGGAGGUGAACAGGCUGAAUAUGGAGGUCCUGGGCUAGUGUGGAUACACAUGGUCAAUGUAAUUCAACCAGCAAUUCUUUUAAAACACCUUUGGAGACAGCUGAUGGUUGAAGAAUGAACAUUCACUUCACGAGCAACAGCUCUGGUGGAAAUUCUUCUGCAUGCCAAUUCCACGCUCCCUCAAACCGUGCGACCUCUGUGUCAUUGUGAUGUGUGAUAACGGAACUUUUCAGGGCGGCCUUUUACCGUGGCCGGUCUAAGGCCCACCUUUACUCAUGCUGUCUGCUCAGCAUCUGGAUAUGGCACUCCUGUGAGGUGGGCUGGAAUAUCUCAGCAAAGGAGAAGUGCUCACUAUCACAGAUUUAAACAGACGCCAACAAUUUUUGAAAGAAAUGGUAAUCUUGUGUUUGUAGAAAAUGUUACAGAUCUUCAAAUUCAUCUCAUAAAAGACAAGACAAAAAACAAAGGAAGUGACAAGUUGUACGUAAUUUCUAAAAUCCGCGCAGCCAGUACUGAACUUUUAUCUUGAAAAUGCUUAACAGCAAUUAACAGCAGCCAUUCCAGUCUUUACAAUUACACCUUAAAAUAUGUGUGACCAACAACGAAAUCUACCCUUGGAUGCACUUAGAAUAUGUGUGGGCAUCAGCCAGCAAUGUGCAUCAACGUGAAUUUCCAUCACUUUUUGUGCUUGGUCACACUUGAAAUACGUGCAAAUCACAUCCAAAAUCUCCCAAAACAAAAGUGUUGGGUUUACGUUUUUGUUCAUUGUAGAUACAUUGUAGAUUGCUCACAACGCCUGUUAAUUGUUUACAGCUACAAUAUAUAACUGACAGCUCAAUUUUGUACAUACAGCCUCUGUAGAUGCAUAGUUGACAGCUUCUGAAGAUGUUUGAAAGCCAAUGUUGGGCAUGGACAGCUACUGUGGAAGGGUUGCCAGCUGCAUCUGUAGAUAGAUAACAGCUGCAGCAGAUGUUUGACAGCUUCUGUAGAGGAUGCACUAGAUGGUCACAAGCAACAAACAACGGUACAUUUCAAAGUGACUGUAGUAGAUAGAUAACAGACACUCAAGGAAAUGUUACAAACGCAGAAACCUUAGAAUAGGGCAUCAAAAUCAAUGAACUGUCAGAAAAAUAGAUCAUAGCAACUGCAGAUAAACUGUUACUUUGCAUGGAUCACAAGAGCUGUUAAUUAAUGUGCCUGUUGAUAGAUAAUCACAACUUUGAAAUACUUGUUUUUUUUUUUCAAUAGUGGGCUUUGUAGCUCUGCGGUUUUUUGCUUCAAAGUUUUUGGUAUUAAAGCUGUCUCUACCAGCUGUAUCUCAGAACUGAACAGAAAAACAAUUUGCUGAAUUGGAUUUCCCCAGAACAGUACAGUCAGUUUAUUAUCACUUUCCCUCAGGUUUUUUUGUUUUGACAGACUGUUACGCAUUACUAUUAGAACUAAACAACAGGCAGUAAAAUGCUGGAGCCGAUUGCCUAAAUCGAUACAAACUACUUUGUAUGACCGGGCCAGCCCGCCGUCGUGCAUCGGGACGGCUUGGGAGCCGCUCUGAGGUCGGUCCUUUCUCCCGGAGCGUCAGCCGGAAGCCCGCCGGGUUUGACUGCAGCCGUACCCCCCUCCUCCCGCCCCCCACAGGAAACCAACUCAUCUAACUGGCCGUUCCUCGAAGCUCGUGGUCGGAACAGACGUUCGGACAGCGGGGGGACCGGACCAACUACUUUCUGUUUGUGUUGGAGGAGUGCGGACGGUACCGGAGGACUGUAGUGGUUCUGACCGGGUUUCCUGCGCUUGUCGCCUCAGAAGCGCGCUAAGCUAGCUGAGCAGUUAGCCUGCUGAACUGAAGAGGGGACCGUUUACCGUCUAGUUCGUGGAGUCGGAACCGAACCCAACACGGGGAGAGGGGUUGAACUGUUUACUUUUGGUUCACUUUGACAAAGUUAGCAGGAGACUGUGAGCGGUUCGUGACAGGGGCUCCGUUCACCACACCGACUCGCGCAGUACGGACCGAACCGUUCACGUUCGAGCCGCAGAAUCCCCGACCGAGAAAGCCCUCUCCGAGCUGUGGACCGCUUAGUGAACCCCCAGCAGCACCUGUGGGCUCGUCUGAUUCCGCUGUGGAGCUGUCUGGACCGCCGGAGCGGUUCUGGCGGCGCUCGGGGAGCGUUAGCAUGGAGGCAGGGCAGCCGGGCAGCAGCAGCUUGCCGCGGUUACAUAACGUCGACAGGUCGGGAGAGAAGCUGCCUGGCGUCGCCUCCCUCUCUCCCUCUUUUUCAUCAGCUGGGCUCUGACAGCCGCACCGGGCUCCUCCAAACACGCGCUCACGCACAGGCUCACACCAUCGACUAGGCAUGCACGCGGAGUGAGCCAGCUGGGAGACAGGACGACGCGCACCACCGAACCCUAACACCCCGGUAAAGAUGGAGUCCACCCCGGUAAAGAUGGAGUCCAACCCACUCAUCAAAGCAAUGGACCCGUCCAUCACCUUGUGGCAGUUCCUGCUCCACCUGCUGGAGGACCAGCAGCAGCACCACCUGAUCUGCUGGACCGGCGAAGAUGGAGAGUUCAAGCUGCUGGACGCUGAGGAGGUGGCCCGGUUGUGGGGGCUGUGCAAGAACAAACACAAUAUGAAUUAUGACAAACUGAGCCGUGCACUCAGAUACUACUAUGACAAGAACAUCAUCAAGAAGGUAAGUGGACAAAAGUUUGUCUACAAGUUUGUGAGUCAGCCAGAUCCAUCACAGCCAGAGGGUCUUCGAUGCUCCGACAUCAACCAGAGGAGAGACCCCGUCGACCCCAGCGGUCAGUUCAAAGGCACGGGUGGUGGAGCAUCGGCCUGUCCGUCAAAGGGCCUGGCCCAGCGCUCAUCGCCAUGCAGCUCUCAGAAGAGCUCCAGAAAUGACUACAUGAAGUCAGGCCUCUACUCCACUUUUACCAUACAGUCGCUACAAACCCAGCCCCAACCCCGACCUGUCAAACCAGAGCACCUGAUCCAACAAGACCCUGGCCCUAAGGCUGAAUGCCCAUCCAGGGAUACCCCUCCCCAGCUCUGUAGCCUGUUGGAGUUGAAGCAGUCUCCGUCCAUGGGUGGUGCUGUUGACGCCGCUCUCCAGGUGAUGGUCACACAGGCGUCUCCGUGUCAGACUCCAGCUCCCAGCCCGCAGAUUCCCACCUCCUCUCCCAGUCAAUUACAGAACCCUCCAGGGCCCCCUUUGAGCAACCCUCCUCAGAUUUAUCUUACCAGCGUUGGGGAGCCGUCUUCUCUAACUCCUCUUCUUCCUGUUGGUGGGGGUGUGAGCCCAGUCCCCCCACCCCAUGUCCCCGGUGGCCCCCAGGGGCCACAGCAGGAUGACCACAGCACAGUGUCCAACACAGGGGUCCCAUUUCCUCCCCAUCCAGCUCACCCCCACCCCGUCUUGCUCAUCAUCAACCCUCCUCCUCAGCAGCAGGCAGCUGUGGCAACCCCCCCUUCUGUUGGCCCUCCCACCACGUGUCCUCCACCUCCCCCCAUUGUCAUCAAGGAGGAGCACUUGCCAUCAGAGCUCCUGGAAAUGGUGACGCUGGACAGAAAGGUGGAGGAGGUUCCUCAGCUGAUUUGUAGCUCAGCUGAGUCAGAGACCCCCCUUGCCAUUAUAAAGAACCCCCUUCCUCCCUGUGUGGAGCCCAACAUCAGAGUUCAGCAGGAGACGGGGAAAGUAGGGGCCCAGGAUGACACCACCAGCACUGUAACAGACCCCCCCGACCCACCUGUGACCUCUGUGCUGGACGCUGUUCCUCCCAAACAGAAAAAGCCACGGGGCCUGGAACUGCCUUCGUCCCCCUCCCUGCCACCUGGCCUCUCCCUGGAUAAGGUAAAUGCAGCUGUCAACAGCUUACUGGCUCCUGGAUCAGCAGCCAACACACUGACCCCAACGGUCAUCACAUCCCAUGCACUGACCCCUGUGCUACUGACGCCUAACGCCCUCCCCUCCACUAUCCACUUCUGGAGCACGCUUAGCCCCAUUGCCCCCCGCUCACCCGCCAAGCUCUCCUUUCAGUUUCCAUCUAAUGGCAAUAACCAGAUCCAUAUCCCGGCUCUGAGCGUCGACGGCCUCUCCACCCCGGUGGUCCUGUCCCCUGGCCCCCAGAAGCCCUGAGAUUGUCUCUGCUGUUUAUGUCUAGCAGGGCUUCAUCUACAAGCCCCGCCCCCUGUUGGAAGGUUGGAGACUCCUGGAGUAUUGCCUAAAAAAGUCAAUUCUACGCCAGUUGAAGAUAAAGGAGCUCCAGCUUGCCCUUUACCUCUAUCAGAGUGGCAUCAUCAGUGAGACUGGGGGCAGCUAUGUCCUCCCCGCUUGGGAUUGUUCCUGUUCUGACGGAUGGACUGACCCACCAAGAGGCUGGAGCCCAUCUGGAGACAGAUGAUGAGAUGCUUGAGUCCAGAGGGGAGCUGACUGGAGUUCUUCUGGGUUCUUCUUGGGCCUUUUUGGCUCUUUUAGAGUGAAGUCUGAGUUCUGUUUUUUGGUGUUCCUGCCUGGCUGGGUUAAAGUCUCUCUUUAAGUCACCUGUGAGAGCCUUUCAAGGGUUUUGGCUUUGUUUCUUUCUGCACAAUUUAAGGCCACGCCUCUUUCCAUUUGUGCACUCACUCUUGGACUGGGCUCCACAGCAUCAUAUGAGACUGACCAAUCAGAGACAAGAAUGUCGGGACAGGUAAAGGUCAGAUUGUUGAGGUUGACCAAACGCCAACGGAUUUAGGAGGCCAUUGAGCGCCUCAGAGACCGGCCAGGCCACUGCCAGCUCCAGACGUUUCCACAGCAUCUGCUUCCUGCUGAAGCGCUGGACAUGCUGGUGAUGAUGAAGGAAGCAUCUGCAGACUUAUUAUUCAGCUUUGUGCUGAGUUCUCCCUUCAGUUUGAGCUAAUGGAGACAAUCAGUCUGUCAUGACUCCAAGAAGAUCAGAGCAGCAGAGAAACCACCCGCUGAUCUUUUUCAUGCGUUUAUAUUGGAAAACUGGUUUCACUGCAGAUAAACAUGAAGCUGAGCUGGUUUCCUCUUUCAUUUGUGUUUAUUGUUGACCGCCUUUCAAAGGAACUUUUGUCUGUCUUUGAAAAGAAAAGAAAAUUGCUCAAAGAUCCAUUUAAUGUUAUUUAAGGUCUGAUACCUGAACUCUCAUGUUUAACAUGGAAAACCUUGAAAAUCCUUUUGGAUCGCCAUUUCUUAUUGGAGUAACAACCAUACUUCUUCCUGCUUCUCCCUUUAGGGGUCUCCAAAGCAAGGCCAUUCCUCCUCCUCAUACUUGACCUCCUCAUCAUCAACAUCCUCUAGUCCUCUUCCAGAGUCUGUAAACCAACAAAUGGCUGCCCGCCCUCACCACAGCCUUCUACACCUUCCUCCACGCGUUCAGCCUGCUUGCACAUGCUUCAUCUCUGUUCCACGCUCUGUUGUUCAGGACUGGUCGAUAAGAACGUGAUGUCCUCCACUUUCUCCACCUCUGCUCCAUGAAACCUCACCGCUCUACUCAAGCUCCUCCCAUUUAUUCACAGGAACUCCACCUUGCUGCUGCUAACCUUCAUUCCUUCCGUUAUUUUACUAAUUGAAUUAGGGAAAAAUUUGUUUCAUUUGACUAAAAUAACGGUAUUUAAAUCUAAAUUGUAUUUUAUAGAAGACCAUCUGCAAUUGAACAGUAAUUUGGUGAAAAGUGAUGCAAAUGAUAAAGAACAAAAACUUUGGUUGACUAAAACUUCAUGUUUUUUAAUCUGAUUCAGGUUUUCUGAUGCCAGUUUUAGCUAACACAGUUUUCUGACCUAUUAAUGAGGAACCCAAGUGGUUCCUCAUUAGGUUCUACAGUCAGAUCCUAAUCAAAAUGUGUUUCUGGUUUCCUUGAUUGCAUUUUCUCAUUCUGACAUUAACUUCAGCUGAGCUCCAGUUUGAGGGUCGGCUGUAUUCAGACUGUUGUCUUCUCGCUGCCAUGGUAACCUGAGCCGACUGUUGCUGCUGCUGUAAAUGUGCUUUUUGCUUCUAAAGGAGGCUGAACUCCUUAGUAACUCAGAUGAGCUUCAUCAUCUGAAUUUAGCCACAAGCCUAAACCGAUGCCAAGAUUUCCCAGCUUCAGCAGUGCCGUGAACGCAGCGCUAAGCCAUCUUGUGUGACUGUUCUCUAUAGCAUGACUAUUUUUCUAUCAGAGACACUCCUUUAUGUUUGAAGAAGCCUUAAAGACAAAGCAGAAAGCUUUUUCAGAAAGUGUUUUGCAUCUCAAAGACGACGAGCUGACCAAAGCGUGGUCAUCACUGUUCACCAGCACAGCCUGCAGAAUGUUUCUUCAGACCAACAUACUCAAUGGAUCAUCCAGAAAGCAUCUUCAUGUACUGUUGGAUGACGGAUGUUUCUCUGAACAUCAGGAAAAUGAGUUCUGGUGCUCCACUGAAGCCCCUCCCCUAAGCGUAACCAUAGAUGUGUGAUAGAAACAUUCUUGGACCAUAAACCCUUUUGAGUCUGGGGGGGUGGUGGUGUUCUGAGUCAUUUGGUCCACUCAGAGCAUCGCUUGGAAACUCACCCUAAAUACAGUAACCUGCGUUUUGCCGACAAAGAAAUGUCUUAAUCUUGGUCAAAUGUAUUUGUCUUUACUGAUGCUAAACAUCCUUUUUUCUGGAUCUUCGGUCUGUGUUCAGACUUUGGACGGUCUUUAAUUGUGCUGAAAAUGGUUUAGUGCUGAAGAAGCCUGGCUCCGCCCCUAAGCUUAGAUUGUCACAGUGGGUUUUAACCUGCUAUCCUGGAGCUUUCUGUGCUGAAGCCCUUGAGCGGGUUGCAUGGAGGACAAGAAACAGUAAAAAAAAGAAAUCUGCAGGACUCCAAACUCCAUGAGUUUGCAGACGGGGCACCCCGUUGUAAGUUAUUAUUUUGGCAGUCAGCCCCACUUCUGAGCAGAGACCACGAUGCUUUGCAACAAGAAGCGAUCUAGAAGAAGCUCUUGUUCUGUACAUAUUUGAACUUUCAUGUAACAUGUCUGUACAUGUAAAAGACCUAACCAUGCCGCUGCAUGGCCCCGCCCCUCCUCUGCUGCGGUAGCUUGAGGAUUUGAUUGAUUGAAAGGGCGGGGCAUGCUUUUAUUUUUUUUCUGGGACGAGGCUUAUCAUGAGUGACAUGUUUACUGGAAAUGUAAAAAGUAUUUUUGUGUUCCUGUAGAUGUUUUUUAUGGUCUCGCACCGCGAGGAAAAAUAAAACAAAAAUGCUCUGAUCGCUUUAA